UCCUCAAUUGGACCAAAAGCCCAUCUCUGAUAUCUCUCUCCUCUUCUCUUCUUCUUCUCAAUUUUCUUCUCUCUCUCCCCACAUCAAACAUACAAACCCUAACCGAAAUCUCUCUGAGUCUCUCGAUUUCAUCAUCCGAUGCUUUGAUCCACGGAACCAAGUCUGUCUAGAUCUGUUUCAAUUGAUGAAUGACAAUUGGAUGGUAGUCGAAUAUUUUUGAUGGAUGAUGAUUGUGCAGAUGGAUAAAAUGUCUGCUCCUUCGUCUCGGGAGCGUGCACAACGUCUUUAUGAGAAGAAUAUUGAACUGGAGAAUAAGCGUCGGAAGUCAGCUCAGGCAAGAAUUCCGUCAGAUCCCAAUGCCUGGCAACAGAUGCGUGAGAACUAUGAAGCUAUAGUUCUUGAAGAUCAUGGUUUUUCUGAGCAGCACAAUAUAGAAUAUGCUCUUUGGCAGUUGCAUUAUAGGCGCAUCGAGGAACUGAGAGCCCACUUCAGUGCUGCCUUAGCUAAUGGUGGCUCAAAUACAUCUCAGGGAGUGAAAGUUCCCACUCGACCAGACCGUAUUACAAAAAUAAGGCUGCAGUUUAAAACAUUUCUUUCAGAAGCAACUGGAUUCUAUCAUGAUCUCAUCCUGAAAAUCAGAGCGAAGUACGGGCUUCCUCUGGGAUACUUCUCUGAGGAUUCAGAUAAUAGAGUUGUUUUGGAAAAAGAUGCAAAAAAAUCGUCCGAUAUGAAGAAAGGUUUGAUCUCUUGUCACCGCAGUUUAAUAUACUUGGGUGACCUUGCAAGGUACAAGGGACUUUAUGGGGAAGGUGACUCAAAGACACGCGAAUAUGCAGCUGCUUCAAGUUACUAUUUGCAAGCUGCUUCCUUGUGGCCAUCUAGUGGGAACCCCCAUCAUCAGCUUGCUAUUUUGGCAUCCUAUUCAGGAGAUGAGUUGGUGGCUGUGUAUCACUAUUUUAGGAGUCUGGCGGUUGAUAAUCCCUUUACAACAGCACGAGAUAACCUGAUUGUUGCUUUUGAGAAGAACCGACAGAUUUACACUCAACUACUUGGGGAUUCUAAAGGAUCUGUGGUCAAGGAUUCAUCUGUGCGCUUGACCAGCAAGGGUAGAGGGAAAGGGGAAUCAAAACCUGCAGUUAAAGACACAAAUUUGGAAGCCAAUGUUGUGAAUGACGGGACAUCUAAUAUCCGUGAGAUACAUAAAUCAUUCUGUAUCCGGUUUGUCCGCCUGAAUGGUAUUCUAUUCACACGCACCAGCCUGGAGACAUUUGCUACAGUUCUCUCAUUGGUCAGUGGUGACUUCUGUGAUCUUCUUUCACGUGGGCCAGAAGAGCAGCUAAAUUUUGGUGCAGAUGUUGUUGAAAAUGCCAUUUUCAUUGUACGGCUUAUUUCUAUUCUUAUCUUCACUGUUCACAAUGUGAGGAGGGAGGCUGAGGGUCAGACGUAUGCUGAAAUUGUUCAGCGUGCUGUUCUACUGCAGAAUGCGCUUACUGCAGUUUUUGAGUUAAUGGGACACAUAUUGGAGAGGUUUGUGCAGCUGCAUGAUCCUUCUGCUAGUUAUCUCUUACCUGGCAUUCUGGUUUUUGUAGAAUGGUUGGCCUGUUGCCCUGAUGUUGCAUCAGGCAGUGAUGCUGAUGAGAAACAGUCCACUGUUAGAUUGAAGUUUUGGAACCAUUGUACAUCAUUCCUGAAUAAGAUCUUGUCAUUUUGGUCAAUGUCUCUUGAUGAUAAUGAAGAUGAUACAUGCUUUAAGAACAUGAGCCAUUAUGAAGAAGGAGAAACCGGAAAUAGGCUUGCUUUAUGGGAGGAUUUUGAGUUGAGGGGAUUUUUGCCACUUCUUCCUGCACAAAGCAUUUUGGACUUUUCGAGGAAGCACUCUUUUGGAAGUGAAGGCAGUAAGGAAAAGAUAGCUCGUGUUAAAAGGAUUCUAGCUGCUGGAAAGGCUUUAGCAAAUAUUGCUAGGAUUGAUCAAAAAACGAUAUUUUAUGAUCCAAGGAUGAAGAAAUUUGUUAUAGGUGUGGAGCCUCAAAUUUCAGAUGUUAGCAUGUUGGCUUUUGAUUCUGGCCUGCCAAAAACUAAUGACUUGGUGCAAGAAAUCCAGCCUCAGAAAGUCAUUAAUGUGGGAGUUUUGCCGCCUAAUGCACAGCCGUUUAUAGAAGGGGAUGAGGAGGAUGAAGUUAUUGUUUUCAGGCCAGCAGCAACAGAGAAGCGGAAUGGACUUAGUCCAAAAUGGGCUCCCUAUGAUAGCUUGAAACAGAAUCCUGAUGUAUCCGCUGAUCUGAAAUUCUAUGGUGGUGCUGUUUCAUCUCCGCUUGAUAUGUUGCAGCAUUCUGCUUUUGAUGCAGGUUCUCAAAUAUCUGCAUCAUCUGGUAUUAGUGCCUCCCAGCAUCUGCAGCCAAUUCAACCACCUGCCUCAAAGUGGUUAAUGGAAGAAGCUGCCUCACUUGCAAAUAGCUUGAAUGCUGUUAGGUUCAUGGAGAAUGGACAUGUAACAGAACAUGACUUGCUAAAAGAUUUAGGCAUAGGCCAUCCUGCUACACAUUCACUUCCCCUCCAACAACCUGUAAAUGUUAAUGCUAGCUUUUUCUACAAUCAGACUAAAGUGCCAGAAGCUGUGAUUCCAUCAAAGGUUGAUGUUAUUGCUGAAAAUUUGGCUGUGAAGACAUCAGCAGCUUUGCCAGCAGGCUUGAAAAAAACUCCUGUCAGCCGACCUGUAAGGCACCUUGGGCCUCCUCCAGGCUUUAAUCAUGUUCCUCUUAAACAAGUAAAUGAACAUGUGUCUGGCGCAGAUUUGAUGAGUGAGAAUUCACUGACAGAUGACUAUAGUUGGUUGGAUGGCUAUCAGUUGCCAUCAUCAACAAAAGGCUCUGUGCUCAAUAAUAUGUCUACCAUCACUUCUGAAGCAAUGCCUCAGUAUAUCAAUAGCAGUAAUGGCUUGAGUGGAACAGCUAGCUUCCCUUUUCCUGGAAAACAGGUGUCAUCCCUGCAAUUCCAGACAGAAAAACAGAAAGGAUGGCAGAAUUACCAGGCCUUUGAGCAUCUGAGGUUACAACAAGAGCAGCAGUUGCAGCAACAACUCCUAAAUGGAAAUCAGCAAUUUACUCCAAUGUCUGAGCAAUAUCAUGGAAAGUCCAUCUGGAGCGGUCGUUAUAUUGUGUGAGAUGAGUAUAAACGCAUAGAUGGUUUCGAGAAUGACUUCGGGAAUGCACUUCGUCCUCUUGCUACCAAAUAUGAACUCCAACUUUGCAGCCUUUGUCAAAUUUCAAAUUUUAAGUUUUUGUUGGAGCAUGGGUGGCUGUGGCUCCUUGCGGGGGGCUUGCUACUGAACAAAUUUUGCUGAGCUCUCCUGCCAGGGGAAGACAAUAUUCAAACAUCUGUAUGAUGUGAAAUUCCUAAGAAGUUAAUACCUUUGUCUGGUUACAUGGGUUGGAGAUAGAAAUGUUUUUUAAUAAGAGCAAACUGUUGUUUUUGGGCUGAGAUCUGGUGGAGUUGGUGGAAGAAUAAACGUAUGGUGCACUGGGUCACCGUUUUACUCGACUUUCAUCUUGCCCUAGCUGUCAAGAACUGCUGGUGCUGUCAUAGGUUGGUUGGUUGGUGAUAAUUUAUAGUGUCCUUGAUUGGAUGUGCCAGAACAGAUAAUCUUGAGAGCUCAAGUUGGAAGGGUGCUUGCUUGAACAUGAUUUAGGCAUCAUCAGUUGGACAGUGGGAUAAAAUAUGUAGUUAUGAUUUAGUAUAAAUGUGUAUGGAAGAUAUUGUGUAUGGUCGCAGUGUCUACGAUGCUGCUGUUUGGUGUCAAUGCUUAUACAGGGUAUGAGCAUAAAUAUGGAACUAAGUUUACUAUUUUAGUUUUUGUGUUGGGAGUUGGGUUUGACCCAAACUUCUUGGAAAUAAACUGUGGAUUUAUAUCUCUGUUGUUGAA